GCACACCCAGCCUUUAACCCUGCUAGUCUGCUCCAGCCUUCGAUGUCCGAUGUAACUUUUCGCAUCUACUUUUCCCUCCAUUUAAACACAGGCUCUCUCUGUAGUCGCCACUGCAACUGCAAGCCUGCUAGUAAACCAGCUCACAGCUUGCUGGGUGACCUUCCCUCUCCCCUCCGCUUCAGACUUCUCCUUCACACUGCGGAAGUGCAGGCCAUCAGCUUCCUCCCCAUGGCUCAUCGCCUCCUGCUCCUGCUCCUCGUCGCCGCCGCCGCCGCGACAGCCGCGUCGCAGUCGCCGGCCGCCGCGCCAUCCGCCUCCAACUCCGGCGCCGCCCACUCCCCCACUUCCUCGUCCUCAACCGCCGCCGCCCCAGGCCCCUCAUCCUCCUCCUCUCCCCCCACGUCCAAGCACCGCCACGUCUCCACCUCCCCCGCCGCGUCCCCCUCCCCCACCGGGACCAAGCUCACCUCCCCGUCCGCCACGUCCCCGCCAGCCCCUCCGCCCACACAGCCUCCCCCACCCACUCCCGCCCCCAUCACCUCCUCCCAGCCGCCGCCAUUGCCUCCCUUCCCCCCGGCCACCGCGCCGGCGCCGGCGCCCGUGACCGCCGCCACCCCUCCCGCCGCGUCCUCCCCGCAGGUGCCCGCGCCGACGCUCCCUCCCCCCGCGCUCGCCCCCGCGCCGUCCUCUUCCCCUCCAGCCCCGGCGCCCGUCGUCCUCGCCGCCCCCGUCCCCGCGCCGGCGGCCCCCGUCCCGGCGCCCGGCAAGAAGCCGAUGAAGAAGAAGCACGCCGCCCCCGCGGCUUCCCCGCUCGCCGCCGCGUCCCCGGCCACCGGCGCCGGCCUCGCCCCGGGCCCCGGGCCCUCCACCGCCGACAUGAUGAGCGACGCGGCGAGGAGGCUGGCGACGGCGACGGCGACGGCGACGGCGGCGUUGGUGGUGCUCUCGCUGGCGGUGGGCCCGGCCUUGGCGUGAGCGGCGGUGGGCCACCUGUCAGUGUCACGCUUACCGUAGCUUGCCGUGGAGGGAGAGAGGUUUAGAGGUGUGUGAGCGUGGAGCUGAGCUGGGACAAGCAAAUUCACACCACACACUGUAUUCUGUGUUGUCUGGAGCAGACUGUACUGGUAUCUAGUGUAUGAUUACCAUUGCUUUUGCGGUCGAUUCUUCCUUCCUUUCUAGUACAGAUCUCUUCUUUCUAA